UAGGAUUUCGCUGGUCAGUUUAGAAUCAUGAAGUGGGAUGUCUUCAAUAUCUGUUUAUUUUUAUUGUCACUAUGCAACGCUGUUAGGUAUGAACCGAACUGGAAAUCCAUAGACUCUAGACCUCUACCUUCUUGGUACGACCAAGGGAAAAUUGGCAUAUUUAUUCACUGGGGAGUCUUUUCUGUGCCAAGUUUUUCAACAGAAUGGUUUUGGUGGCAAUGGAAAGGAAGUCCCCCAGUUCCAGGAGUAGAAGCUUUUAUGAAAGAUAAUUACAAGCCAGGAUUUACUUAUGCUGAUUUUGCACCAGAAUUUACAGCUGAGUUUUAUAAUCCUAAUGAAUGGGCUGAAUUAUUUAAUGCUUCUGGAGCACAGUAUGUUGUGUUGACAACCAAACAUCAUGAAGGAUUUUGUAAUUGGCAUACAAAUUAUUCCUGGAAUUGGAACUCAAUGAGUACUGGACCUAACAGAGAUUUAGUUGGUGAUUUAGCCGAUGCUAUAAGAAAAUAUACAGAUAUGCGAUUUGGAGUUUAUCAUUCAUUAUUUGAAUGGUUUAACCCCCUGUAUUUACAAGAUCAAGCUAAUAAUUAUCAGACCCAAAAAUUUGUAGAGAGUAAAACACUACCAGAACUGUAUGAAUUAGUCAAUACCUAUAAACCUGAUUUAAUUUGGUCUGAUGGAGAUUGGAUGGUCUCCUCUGAUUAUUGGAAUGCUACACAAUUUCUAGCUUGGCUUUAUAAUGAUAGUCCAGUUAAAGACUAUAUCAUAGUGAAUGAUAGAUGGGGUAAUGAUUCUAGAUGUAAACAUGGUGGAUUUUUAGAUUGUUCUGAUAGUUUUGAUCCAGGAACCUUGCAGAAGAGAAAAUGGGAGAAUUGUAUGCAUCUAGAUAAAUAUUCCUGGGGAUAUAGACGUAAUAUGAAGAUAGAUGAUGUUUUAAGUAUGGUAGAUUUAUUAUCAGAAAUGAUGGAAACAAUUAGUUGUGGAGGUAAUAUUUUGAUAAAUAUUGGCCCAACUAAAUCAGGGGAAAUAAUACCAGUAUUUCAAGAAAGAUUAAGAUCUAUGGGAGAUUGGCUGAAGGUGAAUGGUGAAGCUAUCUAUGGCAGUGUACCAUGGUCACAUCAGAACGACACUGUAACACGUGGAAUAUGGUAUACAUCAAAGAAAGGACCUGAAGGUAGAAUAGUCUAUGCAAGUAUAUCAAGCUGGCCAGAGAAAGAUCAGCUGUUUCUUGGAGCACCAAAACCAACUGCUUCAACUAAAGUUACCUUGUUAGGAUAUCCUCAACAAUUUGAAUUUAAGCCUGGUCCUUCGGGAGGGAUCACACUGUCUAUACCUGUCAUUUCAAUAUUUGAUAUGCCUUGUCAAUGGGUUUGGAUAUUUAAAAUGGAAGGUUUAAAAAACUAG